UCCCGCCUUAUUCUUUCUCUCCCAAUCCCGGCUGUUUCCUACAGUGGUCAUGGCCAAGUUCGUUAUUGCGGGUAGUGCAGCUUGCCCAUACUUUGCUAAGGCAGAACUUCUGGCAGAUUAUCUGCAGAAAAAUCUACCCGAUUUCCGGAUACACAAAAUUACUCAACGCCCUGAUGUUUGGGAGAAAUGGCUGAAAGAGCUGUGUAGGAAGAAUAAAUGGAGUCACAAACGUUCUCCUAUCAUUUGGAGAGAAUUACUAGACCGUGGGGGAAAGGGUCUUCUUCUGGGAGGAUUUAAUGAGUUCUUGGAGCAUGCCCAGCUUUAUUAUGGUGUCACCUCAAAGAUGAUGACCCAAGAGAUGCUGCUUAUUUCUGGUGAGAACUUGGAGACACAUAUAGAGAUUGAGCAGGAGGAAAGAGAGCUUAAAAAGGAGAUCAAUCCACUAAAGGUCUGGAUCACCGGUGCAUCUUGCCCUACAUGCUACAACCUGAUUCCAUUACUGGUCAAUGGAGAAGUGUUCAGUAUGGACAAAGAAAUUAGCAUCCAUCUCCUAAACAACGACUUCAAAGGAGACACUCUCAGCACCCUUGUGAUGGAGGGCCAAGACCUGGCAGCACCUCUUCUGCGGGAAAUCUCUGUGUGCACAGUCAAAGAAGAGGCCUUUUUUGAAGCUGAGGUUAUCAUCAUACUUAAUGAUAAUAUUGAGGAUGAGUCUGAGUCUCUAGAAGAUAGAAUCAAAGCUAGGCUUCCUCUGUGUCAAUUAUUUGGAUCCCUGAUUGAGAAAAAUGCUCACAAAACCGUGAAAGUUAUUAUAGCAGGAAAGACCUUUCUAAAUCUCACCACCAGUUUGCUCAUUAUGCAUACACCAUCCAUUAACCCACGGAACAUCAUUGCUGUGGCCAUGGUGAUUGAGAAUGAGGCAAAAGCCAUGUUGGCCAGAAAAUUGAAAACAACAACAUCCGAUAUCAAAGAUGUGAUAAUUUGGGGUAAUAUUACUGGCUCUCGCUACAUUGACCUGAAGAAAGCAAAAGUUUUCAGAUAUGACAGUGCUAUUUGGGGACCUCCAAGCUAUUCACGUUACCUAUUAAACUUGAUAUUUGAUAGUGAAUGGAUUACCAAAGAGUUCGGGAACUCCCUCAACCAGUGGAGUUUGAUAGGGCAUUUCCAAAGGGGUAUUUCAUCCGCACACUGUAUAGCCACCACACUGAAGUUCUGGUACCACGAUUCUCCUCCAGGAGAGAUUUUCUCUCUUGGAAUAAUGAGUGAAGGUGAAUUUGGCACACCUGAGGGAAUGGUGUUUUCCAUGCCAGCAAAAUGCGUGAAUGGAGUAUGGUUUCCUCAGACGGAUUUGCCUGAUACUGAAUUAACUGAAGAUAUUAAAGGGGCAAUAGCCCACGAUCUCGAACAGGAAAAACUAAUUGCACUUGGAGAAGUAUUAUCUUACCAGCCAUACGUUCCAGAAUUUUUCAGCGCAGGUUCUCUAGAAGUCUCAGAUGCUCAUAGUAGCCAAGAACCCCUAGAAGGAGCUGAAAAUGAAUCCCCGGAUAACUAA